AGCCACACUGCUAAAUGAUAUAUAAGAUCAUCUGAAUUGGUGUUUCUUGAAGUACCAUAAUCCAAUUGAGAGUUUUCGAUCUUCGCUUCACAGUUCAUCUCUUGUCCCCGACCACGAUGUUCACAACUCAGUAUCUGGGAGCGCUUGCUCUCUACAGUGGCCUAUCUGCUGCUCUUAAAUUCGACGGACCGAUUGCAACGCCCAUUGUCCGCGACAUAUUAGCUGCGGAUGGGUGGUCUCCGAAGCCAACAGCUGCGCCAGCGUCCUUGCCUGAACUUUUUAGGCGACAACUCGAUCCAGCAUUCUGUGGAUAUCUCGAAGGUGAUCCUGAGUUUCCCAUGUCUUGUGAUGCCGGAUCGAGCUGCAGAUUCGCGGAGUCGCUUGGCUGGUGGGGAUGUUGCACUGGGACAGCAGUGUCGGAUUGUGAGGUCGCUACGAGGUGUAUCGAGAGCGCUUCGAUUUCCUCGUGUCUAGGGAAUGCCGAAUGCAGUCAGGAUCCAUUUGUGACAGGAUGCACGGAGGCCACUGCUGCAUCAUGCGUCCGCUUGAAUACCCUCAUACUCGAAUCGACGUACUCUCAUUUCGCAUGCGCGUCACAAGAGACUACCUGGGAAGUCGUAUUUACUACCACCGCGAACGCGACAUCUGGACGUCCGACCAGCACAGAGGCGGGAACAGAAACCGAAUCGGAGACAGGACGCCCAAGCGUUAGCUCUAUCCCACGACCGAGUGUCAGCUCCAUUUCACGCCCGAGUGUGAGCUCCAUACCACGCCCAACUGUGGACUCCAUUUCACGGCCAGAGGUCGAUCCCGUUACACGUCCAAAUGCCAGCUCAAGGACGACGGGUGGAAAUUCUCAACCGACGGUCGCUACAAAUGCGGGUGCAUCUAGUAGCUCGUCUACUGCUGCUGCUGCACAGAAUACGGCAGAGGCAAUGAUUGCGGCUGCUGGUGGUGUUUUGGGAUUUAUGGCUAUGUUUGUCUGACACUAU